AUGGCCCUCGACAGGGUCCCGCGGAGGGUGGGGGUGGUGGGCUACGGCCGCCUCGCCCCUCUCUCUGGGUCUCUGUCCCCUCUCUCUGAGUCUCUUUUCCUCUCCCCAGGACAGUCCCUUGUCUCCCACCUGCUGACUCAGGGACCGGAAGUGGGCCUAGAACUUGUUUUUGUCUGGAAUCGUGACCCAGCACGAAUGACAGGGAGCGUGCCCGCUUCCCUGCAGCUCCAGCACCUCGCUGCCCUUGGGGAGAGGCACCCUGACCUUGUGGUGGAAGUGGCCCAUCCCAAAAUAAUCCAGGAAUCUGGGGCACAAAUCCUGCGCUAUGCCAAUCUCUUGGUGGGGUCCCCCUCAGCCCUGGCUGACCCGGCCACGGAGCAGCAGCUCCUGGAGGCCUCGCGCCGCUGGGACCACGCUGUGUUUGUGGCCCGGGGGGCCCUGUGGGGCACGGAGGACAUCACCAGAUUGGACGCAGCAGGGGGCCUCCAGAGCCUCCGUGUCACCAUGGCCACGCACCCCGACGGCUUCCGGCUCGAGGGACCCCUGGCGGCAGCGCGCAGCACCGGGCCUCGCACGCUGCUCUACGAAGGCCCUGUCCGCGGGCUCUGCCCCUUUGCCCCCCGCAACUCCAACACCAUGGCGGCCGCCGCCCUGGCCGCCCCCAGCCUGGGCUUCGACGGCGUCAUCGGGGUGCUGGUGGCCGAUCUCAGCCUCACGGACAUGCAUGUGGUGGACGUGGAGCUGCGCGGACCCCCGGGCCCCACAGGCCGAAGCUUUGCUGUGCACACCCACAGGGAGAACCCCGCCGAGCCGGGCGCUGUCACGGGCUCUGCCACUGUCACCGCCUUCUGGCGCAGCCUCCUGGGUGCGGCCAGGCCCCUCCCCGGUGCCAGCGGCGCCCUCCCCGUGCCUGGGCUCCGGUGCUCGGCGGCUCUGAUUCUGUCUCUGUUAAUUGAUCUUUAUUUCUGA